AUGGGCUCUAAGCUUUCUAUUGAGCAGCAAUUGAAGCUUCUCAAACCUUUUUCAAAGAAGGAGAUCAGGGACUCAUUGUUCAACAUUCCUUCUACCAAAUCUCCAAGACCUGAUGGAUUUGGUUCUGGCUUUUUUAAAGCUAGUUGGCAAGAUAUAGGGGAUGAGGUUUGUUCAGCUAUAUCUCAGUGUUUUGAGUCAGGUUAUUUCCCCUCAGAACUUCAUGAAACAACUUUGUCUCUUAUUCCUAAGGUUGCUAACCCCUCUCGGGCGGUUGACUAUAGACCCAUAGCUUGCUGCUCUACAUUGUACAAGUGUAUGGCUAAACUAAUAUGUAAGAGACUGGCCUUAGUUCUCCCUGAUCUUGUACAGCCAAAUCAGAGAGCGUUUGUUAAAGGUCACUCUAUAGCCCAUAACAUAAUGAUUUUUCAAGAUCUCAUAAAAAAUUAUGGGAGGAUUUCCACUUCAUCGAGAUGUGCCAUCAAGAUUAAUUUGAGUAAGGCCUAUGACACUAUUGAUUGGGAUUUUCUUGAGGACUUGUUAAAAGCUCUAAAUUUUCCUCAGAAAUUCAUAGGAUGGGUUAUGUCUUGCAUUCGGAAUACAUCUUAUUUUCUGUUGAUGAAUGGCAGAGUGCAAGGUAAAUUUAAAGGUAAAAAAGGGCUGAGACAAGGUGAUCCCAUGUCACCUUUGCUGUUUGUUCUCAUAAUGGAAUAUUUGACUAGAAGUCUUCAGCUUGCUGCGCUUAAUUCUCCCUUUAGAUAUCACCCUAUGUGUAAAAGUCUCAAGCUGAUUAAUCUAUGCUUUGCGGAUGAUUUGCUUCUUUUUUGUAAGGGGUCUAUCUCAGCUGUUAAAAGUGUUAAGGAGGUUCUUGAUGAGUUUGCUGCUGUUACAGGGCUUUCAAUCAACUCUCAUAAGUCUCAUAUUUUUUUUGGUGGAGUUUCUAGCCUUGACAGAUCUCGGAUUGCCCAGGAAGUACAGCUGACUGAAGUUUUUGUCUUGCCUCAAAGAAUUAUCAAGGAAAUUGAUAAACUUUGCAGGGGAUUUCUGUGGGGCACUUCUGGGCAGAGAAGCAAGCUUCACAUUCCUUCUUGGCAGAAGGUUUGCCUCCCCAAAGCUUAUGGAGGUUUGGGUUUCAGAGAUGGUAAAGUUUGGAAUCGUGCUAUUUUAGCUAAGUAUGUCUGGGAUAUAUCAGCUAAACCUGAUCUGUUAUGGGUCAAAUGGAUCAAUUCCAUUUACUUGAAAGGUGUUAAUAUCUGGACCUAUGAUCUGAAGGCUGAUUGCAGCUGGUAUUGGAGGAAGCUUUGCAAUCUUAGAGAUUGUUUCACUCCAGCUGCAAUCCUCUCUGCUGGUGCGCAUAGGAAGUUCAAGUCAGCAAGAUUAUAUAACAGCAUUCUAGACCAACAAAGGGUUGACUAUUAUAGGACUGUUUGGAGCAAAAUUAUUCUUCCUAAACACAGAUUCAUGCUUUGGCAAGUGGUGAAUUCGCAGCUUCUAACUAGGGACAAUCUCAACAGGGUGCAUAUUGAAAUGAACUCCUUGGUCUGUCCGGUCUGUGAGAGCUUUCCUAAAAGUCAUUGUCAUCUUUUCUUUGACUGUAAUCUCUCUAAGUUGGUGGUUAAAAGUAUUUUUGGCUGGUUGGUGUUUGCUGCUUGGCCUACUGAUUUUAAAAGCUGGCAGGUUUGGCUAGCUAGAGUCAGAGUUGGUGUUCCUGCUGCUAUAGUGAAUUUGGUGUGUGCUGCUGUUAUAUACAAUAUUUGGAGGAAUAGAAAUAGGUGCCUUCAUGAUGGUUAUUCUUUGACUGUAGUGAAACUAGUUCAGGAAGUUAAAUACUUCACUAAAUAUAGGGUAUACAUAGUGACUAAUAGGUAG